ACUCAAUUGACAUUUGAGGACGUGGCUAUGGAGUUCACACAGGACGAGUGGCGGUGCCUGACCCCAGCUCAGCGGGCUCUGUACAGGGAGGUCAUGCUGGACAACUACAGGAACCUGCUGUCUGUGGGUCUUAAUGUCUCUAAACCAGACCUCAUCACCUGUCUGGAGAAAGGAAAAGAGCCCUGGAGAGGGAGGAAAAAGGAACCAUCAGGAAAAACUAGAGAUGAGCAGUCUGCAGACACACAGUCCCCACGUAAUGCAUGUGGGAGAACCUUCAGGAAAUUCUCUGCCCUCGCUCUGCACCAGACAAUCCACUGUGAAAAGCAACCCUAUGAAUGUAAAGAAUGCCAGAAAACUUUUCGCUACUCCUCGUUGUUGCAGAAGCAUCAACGAAUCCACACAGGGGAGAAACCUUUCAAGUGUCAGCAGUGUGGCCAGUGCUUUAACCAGCUGUCCAAUUGUAGACAACAUUUCCGAAUUCACACUGGAUUCAAACCCUACCAGUGCAAAGAUUGUGACAAGUCAUUUAGACAUGUCUGCAGGCUGAAGGAACAUGAGAGAAUACACACAGGGGAGAGGCCAUACCCAUGUCUUGUAUGUGGCAAAGCUUUUCGAAGAUGUUCAAAUCUAAAAAGCCACCAGCUGAUACACACACAAGAAAAAUAUCACAGAUGCAACGCAUGUGACAAAUUCUUCACGCAGCGUGGGGAUCUGAUCAUCCACCAGCGAAUCCACACUGGAGAGAGACCUUACCAGUGUCCCGACUGUGACAAAUCCUUUAAAAAAACCUCAACAUCUCUGGAACACCACAGAAUCCACACCCUGGAGAAGCCUCAUGAGUGCAAAUGCUGUGGCAAGAACUUCCUGAACCUCUCCAAUUUCAAACGACAUGAGAGGACACACACGGAAGAGAAAUGCCAUACAUGUGAACAGUGCCACAAAUCCUUCAAACACAGCUUCAACCUUCGAAGUCACCAGAGAAUCCACACCGGGGAAAAACCUUAUGAGUGCAAACACUGUGGAGGAUUUGAGGCCAGUAGCCAACAUGGGCUCAGUGCAGCAGCUCUGCUGACAAGGAAGCACCCACCUCACUGUCGAAGAUCCAGAAUCUCAUCCUCAAAGGGCAUCUUGUCUUCAUUGCGGUGGCUGUAUCCGGGGUCCCUGUGCACCACGCUGGUGGAUGAAGACGAUGCCUCUUGA